AUGUCAUGGGUAAUUGAGAGGAGCUCGCUGCCUUGGACUGGCGCCUAUCAUUUCUUAGAGAGGGUUAGUGGACCAACAGUCUUGCUAACGGUUGUCGAUAGCUCUAGCGGAAAGAAAAUCGGUGAAUGCAAAGCUGAAAAAGAAGGGAAUGGUUGGCGGCGAUUUUUUUGGACCUUGGAGGAGAAUUCUUUGCUUUGUAACGUAUCAAAUACUGAAAUUUCUAAAACUGAUCUAACCCAAAUUAAAAGUCCGCAAACGUUCUCUGUUCGAAUUUUAUCAGAAAAUGGUCCUCGUUGCUUCCGUGACAUGAUAGUGCAGAAUGAGAGGCAAAAAGGGUGUCCGCCAAUGUUGAAACGAAAUAUGUAUCAGUAUGCUGCCCUAGCUUGUGGAUGUCCAGCUGCAUCUUUAGAUGAAGAAGGUAUCUUCUCCUCUAAAACAUCGGAAUUUCUGGUUUCUCGUAGGUAUGCUGUUUGCUUGGAUGCUUGUUCAACUAUGCUUUGUAUGAACAACGCGGAAUGCGAAGUUGUUAACAAUCAAGGUGUAUGCAGAUGUCAAGCUGGUACUACUGGUAAACUGUGCGAAGAAGUAAGUUUUGUUGUUUGUGAUCCACCAUGUGCGAAUAACGGCACUUGUGUAUUUGUGAAUGGAACCACUGUUUGCCAUUGCGUCAAGGGGUUUUAUGGAAUUAACUGUAAUGUUAUUGAUAGUUGCCAAGAUAUUUCUGUAUGUUCAUCAUUCGGUCCACAAGCCCGGUGUAAUAUUGACAAGGAGAGUUAUUCCAUAAUAUCACCGAAGCCGAUUGAAGCAUCUUACACUUGUCAGUGUCUUGACAGAAACAACCGUAUGUAUUACUUUGUGGUUCUCGUCAUUUACCAUUUCCCUCCUUAUUCAACUUCACACUUUUAUGGCGACAAGACGGAACAUCCUUUAGUCACGUCUUUAGAACCACUGACUGAGCCAGCUUCAGAAGAAGAGGAAACUAGUGAAAUUUUUUCAGAAACCACUACUGCUGGACAAUUAUUGACUGGGAGUAAAGCAAGAGAAAAUAUGAAGGGGUCCUCCUCUUGGAUUGUAGCUAUGGUCGCCAUUUUGACUUUGUUAAUGCUGCUUGGGGCAGCUGGGCUGUUCGUCCUUCGAUACGUGAAGAGGAGCCGUAAAUUGCAUGGCAAAUACAAUCCUGCCAGAGAAGAAAACGCUCUUUCGUCAGAUUACUCAAUGCCAAUGACAACCGUUCCGAAGGAGGAGCGGUUGAUAUAG